AUGUCCAAUACAACACCCCCAUUCCAGCUCCUGUCCAACAACGUUUCGUUGACCAAUCAGAGGUUGGCAGUGCCCAUAAGGACGUUCAUGGGCUUCCUGUCUGUGUCRCCAUGUCUCCUCUUCCUCUAUAUCAACACUAUCAUGCUGUACAGUCUGAAGAGCAAGCCCGUGUUCAGAGAGACCUCACGCUACAUCUUGUUCGGUAACCUCCUCUUCGCCGACACCAUCCUACUGGUGACCAGCCAACUGCUGUACAUAUUGGCCGUCGCUGGGUUGUUUGUGAUCCGAUAUAUAUGUGUUGUGAUUGUGUUGGUGGCCAUUUUCACCAGCGGUGUUUCCCCUCUCAACCUGUCUGUGAUGUCGCUAGAGAGGUACGUGGCUAUCUGUUAUCCUUUGAGGCAUGCCUCCAUUGUCACCCCCGGGACUACGGGCGUGGUCAUUGCUGUGGUGUGGAUCCUGUGUUCCCUAAACACUAUCAUUAAGCUUGUCAUGCUGCUGGUUCUAGAGUCCAUGCCCCUGGACCAGUUAAUGCAGGGAUUCUGCUCUACCAGCGAGCUUUUCCAACUGAAGAUUCACAACCAGGUAGACAACGUGUUCAUCAGCAUCGUCUUCAUGGCCGUUGGUUUUAUCAUCAUAUACUCCUACAUCGCUAUCAUGAUGGUAGCCAAGUCUGCCUCCUCAGACAAGGAUACGAACACCAAGGCUCGUAACACGGUUUUACUGCACCUGAUCCAGCUUGGCCUGAGUCUCUCCUCCACCCUGGUUCCUACUAUAGUGUCAGCCUUGAAAUCCAGAGCAAUGGACAAAGCCACACAGAUUGAGUAUAUUGUGUUUAUCAUCCUGAUUAUCCUGCCCAGGUGUCUGAGUCCUCUGAUCUACGGCCUGAGAGACAAGACGUUCAGACACAUCCUCAUGUACCAUCUCACCUGUGGCCUCAGAUGCACAGUGAAGCCCAUUAAAAUCUCCAGCUAUUGA